CCCAGCCGCCGCGAAAUGCCGCACCCCUCCUCGUCGCCUUCCUCGCCGCCGCAGCCGCUCCGCCUCGCGCGCGUCCUCCUGCCCUUCGGCCUGCUGCUCCUCGUCUCCCUUCUCGUGCUCCACGGCCGCCCGCCGGGGGCCCGCUCCGGCGCCGACCCCGCCGCGCUGUUCCUCUCGCUCUCCCCCGGGGCCAACGCCAGCAUCGCCGCCGACCUGCGCGCGCUCACGGCCGGGCCGCACCUCGCGGGGACGCCCGGGGCGGCGGGCGUGGCCGCGCACGUGCACGCGCGGUUCCGCGCCGCGGGACUCCGCACGCUCACCCGCGAGUACGCGCCGCUGCUCUCGUACCGGGCGCACGCCUCCCUCGCGCUGCUCGCCGCCGACCGCUCCCUGCUGGCGCGCCUCUCGACUGACGAGCCCGCGGACCCGGGCCGCCGCGUCGUGCGGCCCUACCACGCGUACGCUCCCUCCGGCGCGGCCGUGGCCGAGGCGGUGUUCGUCAACCUGGGCCGCGAGGAGGACCUCGCCGCGCUCGACCGGCUCGGGGUGUCCCUCCGCGGCCGCGUCGCCGUUGCAAUCCGCGGGGGCGGGUACCGCGGCGGGGUGGUGGCACGCGCCGCGGGGAAGGGCGCCGUCGCAGUGCUCAUCGCCGGCCACGCGGACGGCGGCGUCGAGAGGGGAGCGGUCCUGCUCGGCGGCCCCGGCGACCCGCUCACGCCCGGCUGGGCCGCGGCCGACGGCGCGGAGCGGCUAGGGUUUGACCACGAGGCGGUCAGGCGGCGGUUCCCGACGAUCCCGUCCAUGCCGGUCUCGGCCGACACGGCCGCGGCCAUCGUGCGGAGCCUGGGCGGGCCGGCCUUGCCGCCGGAGUGGCGCGCGGGGCUCGGGCUCGGGCUCGGGCUGGAGGGCCACGCCGGCGGCGUCGGACCAGGCCCCACGUUGGUCAACUUCACCUAUCAAGAGGACAGGAAGAUGGCUACGAUAAAGGAUAUUUUUGCCAUCAUAAAAGGAUACCAAGAACCCGAUCGCUAUGUGAUCCUUGGGAACCACCGAGAUGCAUGGACUUAUGGAGCAGUUGAUCCUAAUAGUGGGACGGCUGCGCUUCUUGAUGUUGCUUGCCGUCUUGGAAUAAUGCUGCGGUCAGGUUGGACACCACGGAGGACUAUCAUUCUUAGUAGUUGGGACGCUGAAGAGUUUGGAAUGAUCGGGUCAACUGAAUGGGUCGAAGAGAACCUUGGAGAUCUGCAAUCCAAAGCUGUAGCUUACUUGAAUGUUGAUUGUGCUGUGCAAGGCAUGGGGCUUUUCGCUGGUUCUACUCCCCAGUUGGAUAAGCUCUUGAUCGAUGUUACAAGACAGGUAAAGGAUCCAGAUGUUGAAGGAAAGACAGUUCAUGAUACAUGGAGUACAAUGAAUGGCGGCAUCAAUAUAGAGAGGCUUGCCAGAACUGAUUCUGAUUUUGCCCCAUUUCUACAUCAUGCUGGAAUUCCUUGUGUAGACUUGUACUAUGGAAAAGAAUUUCCUGGCUACCAUACUGCACUUGACUCUUAUAACUGGAUGGAAAAGCAUGGUGAUCCAUUGUUUCUUCGUCAUUUGGCUAUUACCGAAAUUUGGGGACUACUAGCGCUCCGCUUGGCAGAUGAUCUUGUGUUGCCUUUUGAUUACCAGACAUAUGCCUCACAGUUGCAGGAGCAUACAAAUGUGCUUGCUGACAUGGUAAACAAUAGCCAAUCAGUCAGUAUCAUAAAUGGAUUCAUCAAUGAUCUUUCUAGUGCAGCCACAGAAGUUCAGAAGGAGGCAAAGGAACUAAAGCUGCUGGAUAUACACGACGGGCACGAUCUUAUGAGGAGGCGGUUGUUGAACGACCGCCUUAUGCUCGCCGAAAGAAGCUUCCUGCAUGCGGAAGGACUCCAAGGAAGAACAUGGUACAAGCAUCUGCUGUACUCGCCACCGGAGGACUAUGAGAGUGAGCUCUCGUUCUUCCCUGGGAUCGCGGACGCCAUCUCUCGGUCGGGGAAGCAGAGCGCCAAACAACGGCAGGCGGUGGUGCGACAGGAACUGUGGAGAGUCACCAUGGCGAUCCAGAGGGCCGCAAAUGUGCUCAGAGGUGAAUUUGGGGCACACAACAAACCGAUAAAUUUCAGAGGUGAAUUCGGCGCACACAACAAACCAAUAAAUUUCAGUGUCUCGGUGGCUCCGUGAAAUCAGCGGUGUAAAAAACAAAUCGGUCUGUUUCUCUAGAAAGGUGAGCAUGCUCAUCAUCACUUUGUGUCAUCUGACGACUGACGCCCGUGCAUCAAACGUCCGUGGAUCGGUCUGCACAUUCGAAUUUCCGCAAACCGGAAGGGUUUGUGGCUGUCCGGACCUUCGUCACACACUCCCGACCCAGCCAAAACCACGAUCCUAGCCCCCGCUUUUGUCACUCCGUCCUUCCGCCUUUGCUUUGUACUUCCUCCGUCCAGAAAUAAUUGUUCUAGAAAUAAAUAUAAUAAGUGUAUCUAUCUGUAA